GCAGAGACCGGGGGUAAUCCCACGAUCGCUCUGUGUUCGCAGGUAUAUAGGGAAGUAUUGUACAGUCCACCUCACCCCACUUAGAAAGGGUAGAGGAGCAAAUCUCUGCACAAAAUGCGGAUAGGGUGUAAUGAGCCGUUUCUCGUUAUGUCGGGCCUCCGGGUACGUAAACGGAAAUGUUAAGGCCUGGCAGCGACGGAAGGCGACGUUCGAGGAGUUCCAGCGUUUAGCGGCAAAAUAGCUUCUAAUUUCCUGUUAGAGAAACAUUUAUCGUUGUGUAUACCCAGCGCCAUAGCUGCCGUGGAUGGAUACCUUGGCCAAUUUCUGACAAACCUUCUUGGUCUUACCGAAUACAGUCAAAGGAAACAUCGCCCCAUUAGCAAUGGAACAGACACCGCAAUACGGUCAGCAGGCACAGCCCUAUCAACAGGGCUACAACCAUACCAGUCAGACGACGGUGAUAGUCCAACAGCCCCAAGGCGCAGGCCCGCGUUUUAAGAAUGUGCGAGCUUGGAGCUCCCCUGUGUGUGGAUGUUUUGAGGACAUAACAAGCUGUCUUCUCGGCUGGUUCUGCCUACCAUGUUACGAGUGUCAUUUGUCAAUGAGGAUGGGUGAGUCCUGCUGUGUCCCAGUCUGUGUCCCCGGCGCUAUGAUUGCACUGAGGGCCAAACUCAGAGGAGAACAAGGCAUACAGGGCUCUGUGUGUGACGACUGUAUCACCAUGUCCUGUUGCGGACCGUGUGCCACAUGUCAACUGGCCAGAGAGCUUAACUACAUAGAACAGGCAGGCCUCUAAACUAACGCAUCUCUUCCCAGAUGCAUUUUCAGAAUGGAUCAAGGAAAAUGCUGUCAAAGUUUGGCUUAAAGAUUCCUACACAAUUAUUUACGCAUUAGCUGCUUUGAAUAUUAUUCCCUCCUGUAACAAGUUCAAGAGGCCGAAUAUUACGGAAUAGUUAAAGUGACAUGGUUACAAAAAAAAAUGUAAACAGAAAAAAAAAAAAUAACAACACAACUUUUAAAGUUUCAGUUUUUUUUAAAUAAGUCGUUCGCUUAUAAAAAUCUGGUGCGCACGACUUAAUAAAUCAAGAUAUCAAGAUAGAACGAGAUAAAUGACCGACAAAAAUGCACAAUUAUGUCGUCCUCACGAGAUCUUUGUUGUUGAUCUUUGGUAAGUCGUGCGCACAUAAUUGCGCAUUUUUGUUGGUCAAUUAAAAAAAACAACAUAACUGACACUUUGAAUGUUGUGUGUGUGUUUUUUUUCUAUUUUUUUCCCCAACCAUUUCACAUUUAGGGCUCAGUACAAUAUAUUGUUAUAUAGCAACUCUUAAUUAAAUAUAUUACCUCUGUUGACAUAAGAACAGUAUACCUAAAUGUAAAUGUUUCUGACGACGUCAAACAAUUCAUUAGUCACCAGUCCAAACCUGUGUAUGACUAUAGUUCUUGCACUGUACUGUUAUUGCUGAGCGUCAUAUCGAGAAGUCACAGUCAGUGUUUUGUAAAUCUUGACUAUACCGCGGACAAGGGAUAGAUUGUGUGCUGUAUAUUUCUAUGGACGUGUUCAACAAUUAUGGCUUCCCUGCUGGUGCCUCUUUGAAAUACUUUCGUUGAAGUUCUAGGUUGUAUUUUCAUCCAACGGUUAUCACAGGUUGUCAUGGAUAUCAACAAUGGAAAUAACACAGAUUUGUUGGGAUGUUGUGUGAAUAAUAAACUUUCAAACAGUUGUUAAUAUGUGCUGCAGCAUGCAGUCAGAAGUCUAUUUUUACAUAUACCGAAACUCCAUAUUUUGAAAUGCUAAAUAAACGCAUGCCAUAUACUGCAUGCUUUAAAAUCUUUUGCAUGCGUUCGUUUUCAUUCUUUACAGAACUAUCAUGUA